CGCCGCAGAGCCUUCGAAUCGAUACGGCGCGCGUCACGUGCCGCCAAGCGCGACCAAUAGCCGCGCGAGGGCGCUGCGGGGCGCGGGGAAGGCCGCGGGGGACGCGCCGCUCCCUCGCCAGUGCACGAGGAGCAAACGCGCGCGACGGACGUCAGUUCCGAUCAUCUCUCGUGUAAUCAAACACGAGUUUCUCCGAAAACCGGUCCGAUGCGAUGUCGUUAUAGUGCAGUGUCGCCGCGAUGAGUGCGUGGACGGAGGAAAUGCUGUCCUGGCGAGACGAGCGGCUCGGCCUAACGGAGCUGCCGAGCACGACGAGGAGAAAACAUAGGAGCGCGCCGUACAGACUGCAUCGGCCGCACUUGCCCGUGCCUUACGUGCCGGAGCCCGUUCCUGAGCCGCAGGGGACGCACAUUUCGAGGUUAUACCCGGAGCUCCUGGCGCUUAUAUUCGAAAGGCUUCCCGUGCGGGACCGAGGCCGCGCCGCUCAGGUGUGCCGCGCGUGGAGGGACGCGGCUGACCGCCGGUCCGUGUGGCGCGGCGUCGAGGCCGCUCUACAUCUUCGUAGGCCUGCCCCUGUACUCUUCGCUUCCCUAGCCCGGAGAGGAGUUCGAAAACUACAAGUCCUGUCCCUUAGAAGAGGGCUGAGAGACGCCGUCGCGUCGCUUCCAGGCCUCGAAUCCCUUUCCCUAAGCGGUUGCUAUAGUGUCACAGACGCCGCUUUAGCUAGCGCAUUUGCAGCGGAACUUCCAGCUUUAAGAAGAUUAGACUUAUCCCUAUGUAAACAAGUAACAGACUCUUCCCUCGGGAGGAUAGCACAAUCGCUCAAAAAUUUGGAAGAGCUAGAACUAGGCGGAUGUUCAAAUGUUACGGACACGGGCCUGCUUUUAAUAGCGUGGGGAUUAAGAAAGCUGCGGCGUUUGAACCUAAGAUCCUGUUGGCACGUGAACGACGCGGGCAUAGCGCAUCUGUGCGGCGGUGGAGAGGCGAGAGGCACGCCGGAGCUGGAGCAUUUAGGACUACAAGACUGCCAGAGGCUGACCGACGAAGCUCUGAAGCAUACGGCCACCGGGCUUCCAAAAUUACAAUCGAUCAACCUCUCCUUCUGCGUUGCCGUCACCGAUGCGGGACUCAGGCAUUUAGCGAGGCUUCCACUAUUAGAAGACGUGAAUUUAAGGGCAUGUGACGGUGUUUCCGAUGUCGGUGUGGCGUAUUUGGCUGAGAGCGGACGCUUGACCGCACUGGAUGUGUCAUUUUGUGAUAAAGUCGGUGACGAGGCGCUGUCCCACGCGACGCUGGGGCUGUCGGGGCUGCGCUCGUUAUCGCUCAGCGCCUGUCGGCUGACGGACGAGGGCCUCGAGCGGGUCGCGAGGCUAUCGCAGCUCGAGACGCUGAAUAUAGGCCAAUGCACUCGAGUGACGGACCGAGGGCUGCACGCGCUGAGCGACGGCCUGCGCAACCUGAAGGCGAUAGAUCUCUACGGCUGUACGUGUAUCACGCCGCAAGGCUUGAAAGACAUCAUGAAGUUGCCUCGGCUUAGUGUACUUAACCUCGGUCUCUGGCAUGUGCGGUGACCACACACACACAGUGUCUGAACGUUCGUUAGUGUGAGUGCGGCGCCAUGUUGAAGUGAAGGAGCCGCCAAGGUUGUGCGCCGGACAGUGAAUGAAAUUAACCAACUUUAAGUUAAACGAAUUAUUUAGGAAGUGGGGCAGUUUUCGUUGUUGUUGACGUUGUUUGUUUUGGUGCAGGAAGACGCCCCAACGCCUAGUCGACUCGGACCUUUUUGAACGUAACGUUUCGUAUUUACUAUGUAAAUUUAGUCCGCUUAUGCAAUAUAGUUUCGGAAUCCAGUUUUUGUUGACUUUCUCUUUAAAAAGGUCUGAUUCUUAAUGUAAGUAAUUGCUCCAUUAGCUAGAUAGAUAUUUAGGCAUUCUUCAAAUUAAUUGUUUCGGGUCGAUCUCACGGGUUGUAAUUGUUGCAUUUUCUCAUUUUGCGGUUUUGGGGGUCGUCAGCGUAUGACUCACUCAUUGACGUUAUUUCUUACUUGUUGUUAUACUUAGUUGAUUUGUUUGGCCUUGAACAAGCUUGAAACCUAAUUAUGUACAAGUUAUUUAGUUGAGAACAAAGUAAGCUAGGUGUUUUCAAGGAAAACUUGAAACGAUUCGAGAUUCUACCGAUUACUAAUUUAAUUUAACAAUCGGUUGCAUCUGUUUCUUGCAAAAAAUAUUUACCUUGCAAAAACGUUAUUAUCAUGCUAUUACUUAUUUUUAAACUAUCUUUACAACACAAAGGUGUUAUUUUAUCUUUAUUUGUGCACCCUGCAUAUCAAAAUGUGCCUAUAACAUUGAAUUCAUGACAUCCUACAUUCUUAAAUUGAAAAUAUUAACAAAGACUCAGAUAUUGCGAGUAUAUUCAAAAUAACGACACGGGCCACUUGUAUUAUGUAUGUAAAUGAAACUUGGAAAUGUUGAAAACAUGACGUUACGACACCAAGAGAGGCAUUUCUUAGGUAGGUAAGUUUUUUGCCGAGACAUAUUGAAGACAUGGAUGUUGAACACGAAAGAAAGAAUGAGCGCGCCGAUUUUAAAUAAUUGAAACGUAUGAAAGAUAGGAUUCUUUCUCAUAAGUUUACAAAAGUUACAAACGUUAAAUUCCUAACAACAUUUGGCGCCCAUUUCAAAAAGUCGCAAGCCGUAAGUUAUUUUCCUUUUUACAGCUACUUUGCGCGGUUACCAUGGCAACACGGCUUGUGGCUUUUACGACAGGGACCGGAUUAUUUGGGUACCGUUCAGUAGUUCUAUAGGACUGACACUUUUUGUCUGAUGAACACCAUUUCUUAAGAAAUUUUACAGUUCUGGAGCAAAUGGAAAGUACCCGAUUGUUCAAAAUGUUGUAACUUAGGCCAGGUUACUAAAACGAGCUUUAUAUGUAUUUAAAAACCACUCAAUACGUAGACCAGUAUCUUAUGACGUUUACUUUUGUUCAACUCAUAAAUACUUAUAAGUUAAUGUUGUUUAAAAUCUAUGUCUUUUAUUGACGAUUCUGAACGUGUGGUCAUUUGCUUAAUAGUAUAAUAUUAACUAAUAACACUAAAACACUAUUAAAGCAAACUUUCGCUAAAUAAUAUAUGAUAGUUAAGUACCUGAUAUGACCAAUGUAAGAAAUGUCUAAACUAUUAACGGUAGGUAGUUCACACUAAAAGUAUAAAAUGAAAUAAAGACAAUACACGACAUAGGUACUUGAACUUCCUUUUUAAUUUAGUCAAAUUAUACAUAUAGGUACAUAGGACAUACACAAUAAAGAAAUACAAGCAUAUUCUUCUUUUGCGUGAUAAUAACAGUUUUUGUAUGUUUUUUAUAAGUUUAUUAAUUUAAAUUAUUUAAUUGACGCGUAUCCACAAUCCUCCUGAGACCCAGAAGUAAUUGUUUUGUUUUUGAAAUUGGAACCAGAAGAUUUUGGAAUAUGUACAAAAAAUUGUACGCAGGGACUUAGGAGGAUAAAUAAAUUGGACGAAACUAAGAAUCUUUGUUUUAUAUCUACUAGUGCCUAUGUUUUCUAUAGUUUGGCAAGAGUCGAUUGCCAGUGGAGCAUAGGCAGAGAGAAUCAUACUCUCUUCUUAUUAUGCUAGUACUAUAAACCCAAAAAGAGGGAGGAGCAUAGUUUUUGAUUCUACUGUUACUGACAAAACUUAUUUGUCAGACUAUAUUUUUAAUAUAAUUGUAUGUUUCUGAGCGUUUCUUUUAAAAAACAAUCGAAUAAGAACCUCCUACAUUUGGAAUUUUGAAGUGUUAAAACGUUUACUUUACCACAUAAUUUUAUCCCUGAACUAACUUUCUAGCUCAAAGGAUUUUAAAACCAAAUCACAAAGUGAGAAGAAUUGACUGUUCAAAUCCUUCUGCUAAAUUAUGUUUAUUUUUUUAAGAAUCGCUCAUUUAUUAAUUUGUUCUGUUUACUUAUCACACGGUACAGAUAAUGUAUCACAACUGACGUAUUACGCUUACCUGAUAAUAUGUAUAAAAUAAAUCUUAUUACCAAGAUAUAAGAUCCACCUCCGGUCAGCGUGUGUUGCUGUAAGUACUUUUAAUGGGUAGGUAUAUAAGAUCAUUAUUUGCGAUGAAUUUUUGCAUUAAUCAUCGAUUCUUGAAUUUCACCUAUGCAAUAAAACUUAAUUCUCCCCUGUUACGGCAAAACGGGGUAUCUGCGAAACAGGAAAAAUGUAAAAAGAUAAGUACGCAGUUUUGUCUUAACAGGGCAGAAUUGUUACCCACUAGCUCUUGCCGCCCAGAGGCCUUUAAAAAGGUCUCCAGAUUAAUUUAAUUUUGAAUCUUUAGUUUGACGUAUCAAAAUUGCAUUUUUGUCUUUGUAGUUUUGAUUCGUGGCGGCUAGCUAACCUAACCCUAGUUUUCUUAAUAAUAUUGAUAAAAAAAUCAUGUAUUUUGUAAGAUAAUACCAAAUGUUACUUGUAUUUCAUAAUGUGUACCGUGUUUUGUUCCUCAGUAAUGUUGUUUAUCGAUGAUGUGAUAAAAAGAUCAAAUGCACCCCCAAAACCAUUUUUAUACGUAAUUUUUACACAUGAUAUUAGUUGAUACUUUGAUAUUAGUUAUGUUUUGUACUGUUCGUGAGAUCGACUCGUGAUGGGCAUACGUUGUAUACUUCAUCGUACUGUUGUACAAACGAAUGUAACAUAGAAAAUGUAUUAAAAGUCAUCAUUUAAGUUACAAAUUGAA